AUGGAUUCUCAAAUUAACUCUUUUACCCCUAGGCAAAAAGCACGGUCACGAGAAUCUAUUAAUAAUGAUUCUACAGAGUCUGAGAAGGAGACUUCAUCCAGAUCCCGGCAUCAUAGACAACCGGUUGAUGUUGACAAUAACCUUAAUGCUAUCAAGAUGCGCAUCCCAGAAUUUAAAGGCAGAAGUGAUCCUGCGGCGUACCUGGAAUGGGAACGCAAGGUAGAGCUCUUAUUUCAAUGUCAUAACUACUCUGAUGUCAAAAAGGUAAGACUAGCGGCUGUAGAAUUCUCAGAUUAUGCCCUUGUCUGGUGGGCCGAGCUGGACAAACAGAGGAGGAGGAAUGGAAAAUCACCAAUUCUGUCUUGGGAAAAGAUGAAGAAGGUCAUGCGACAACGGUUUGUCCCUCCUUACUAUUACAGGGAACUACAUCAACGGCUCCAACGGUUAUACCAAGGUUCUAAGUCUGUAGAUGAGUAUCAUAAGGAAAUGGAGAUGCUGCUAAUCCAAGCAAACAUUGAGGAGGAGUCUGAGGCUACUAUGGCACGUUUUUUGGGUGGGCUGAACCGAGACAUUGCAAAUACUGUAGAACAUCUUCCAUUUGUGACUAUGGAAGACUUGGUGAACCUAGCUAUCAAAGUGGAAAAACAGCAAAAGGCGAAAGGGCUACAAAAUUCUACUUCAAGGUGGGAUUCGAGAGGUGCUAAUUUCAGGGAGAAGAUUGGAUCCAAACCUACCGAAUCAAAGGAGAAGCCCACAGAGCAGCACAGGAAGCCGCACACACCUAAUUCCACUUCUAAACCUCCUACACGGCAUCGUGAUAUUACCUGCUUUAAGUGCCGCGGAUUAGGCCAUUAUGCUUCUGAGUGUCCAAAUAAAAGGACCAUGGUAAUUAAGGCAAAUGAUAUUUUCUCAGAAUCUGAUAAUUCAGAUGGGUAUGAAGACAUGCCACAUGCGGAUGAUGCUACAGAUAAUGAAGAUAUAGUUGAGUAUGCUGUUAGUGGCGAGACCCUUGUUACUAGGCGGAUCUUAAAUGUACAAGCCAAGGAUGAUCGUCUAGAACAGCGAGAGAACAUCUUUCAUACAAAAGUUUUAUUGGGAGGUAAGGUUGGACUCAUGAUCAUUGAUGCUGGAAGUCAUACAAACGUUGCUAGCUCUACUUUGAUCACAAAAUUGGUGAAAUGCACCAAACACCCUAACCCUUACAAACUGGAGUGGCUAAGUGAUGUUGGUGAGUUGAAGGUUAUGAAGCAAGCCCGCAUACAAUUCUCUAUUGGGAGAUACAGUGACGAGGUACUUUAUGACGUGGUUCCCAUGCAGGCUUGUCAUCUACUCCUAGGCCGUCCAUGGCAGUAUGAUAGGAAGGUGGUCCAUGAUGGUUUCACAAACCGAUACUCCUUCACUUAUCUUGGGAAGAAGAUUACUCUUGUACCUUUGACACCUAAAGAAGUGUACCUGGAGCAACUGAGCAUGCGCAAAUCUACUAAAGAGUCUUUAGGAUGUGAGAAAAUAGAAAAACAAGAGGGUAAAGAGAGGGCUUUGAGAGAUGAAACGUGUGAGAAAAAGAGUCAGGGUCUGAGUGAAAAAGAGAGUUCUAAAAGAGAAGCAUCUGUGGAGAGAUUUGGCGAUGUAUUUCCGGAUGAGAUGCCCUCAGGUUUACCGCCAUUACGAGGCAUUGAAUAUCAGAUUGACUUUGUCCCCGGAUCAAGCAUUCCUAACCGGCCAGCUUACCGGACCAAUCCUGAGGAGACGAAGGAACUGCAACGGCAAGUCGAGGACCUUUUGGCUAAGGGUUUUGUGAGAGAAAGCAUGAGUCCUUGUGUUGUUCCGAGCGAGAAGGUGAAGGCUAUUAGAGAAGGCCCAACACCUCAGAGUGUCUCUGAUGUUAGAAGUUUUCAUGGUCUUGCGGGUUUUUAUCGGAGGUUUGUUAAAGAUUUUUCUACUAUUGCUGCACCUUUAACUGAAAUCAUCAAGAAACAUAUCACCUUUAAAUGGGAUAAAGAACAAGAACUUGCCUUUAACACCUUAAAAGAAUUAUUGUGUUCUGCCCCCAUUCUUAUUUUACCAGAUUUUUCUAAAACCUUUGAAAUCGAAUGUGAUGCUUCCGAGAGUAUUAGUCCCGAUUCGUUCUUCCCUAGGAAUGCUACAAAAAUGCAUGCUAUUGGUUAA